AUGGUUCGUCCAUUACUUACAAUUACUGUUGAAAUCGACGGUCAAAUCGAUUUAGGUCAAGGUUGGCUACAUGAAUUUCCCAUUUGGACACAAAAAGAAAAAAGAUAUUCACAAUUCCUUCGGACUGACGAACCCAAACCUUAUAAAUUAGCUCCUACUGUCGGAGAAGAACAGCACGAUAACACCGCAUUACAAAAACUUAUAGACAGUGUUAACAUAUCUUCGAAUAUAAAUACCUUGCUCCAACAUCCAUCCAUCCAAUCCAAGAAAACGAAAGAAUAUCAAAAACAAAAUAAAAAUGAGAAAAACAGCAAAAAGAAAAACAAGAAAAGAGGAAAGAAAAAAACUAAGAAAUACGCAUCUAUAGAAAGUCUUGAUCAUGAUAAAAUAAAUUUGGACGAUGUUUCACCAAAGAUUCAUGUUAUACCAAGAAAAGGAGUAACAAGAGCAAUAGACACGGAGAGAAGUAAAGAGAUCAAAGCUCGUAAAAUUAAAGAAGACACAAAAAUAAACGAUUUCAUCCAACACAUUUUUAAACAAACGCUCAAAGUAUUUAAUGAUAUUAAAUCGAAAACAACGGAUAGUAAACUAAAGCACGAAAUUAAUUCACUUAAACACACUUUCAAUGAAAAAUUUGGUAAAUUUAUAUCAGAAACUUACAAUCACACGCUUAGAACGAAUUUAGGAAAACAGAAAAUAAUUCUUAAUACAAUUGAUACAUCUCAUAAACUAUUACAACGACUUAUUAAUAAUUUAUACAAAGAUAUGAAUAAGGAAUCGUUAAGAACACCGCUAAAUGAAGUAAAUGUAUUCCAAAAAGAAGUAGAUCGCGAAAGAGAUCUAGAAAAUAAACAUGCGUGUAAGCAGUUUCGUAUAUGUCACCUUAAUGAUGAAUUUAGUGACUUUGUUUCUGAUAUAAUAGUUGUUAUUUUACUAUCAGAUGAUGGAAAAGUAAAACAGGCAUCUGACGCUCUAACCGAGGCGGUUAAAAAUACAGACUUUGAUAACGUUCUUAAUUACGAUUUACAAAAUAAACUCAAAAGCUAUUUGGGCAAUAUAGAGAAGUGGGAUGCCUUCAUGACGAGAGCUAUGUUCAUAGCUGUCAAAAGUCUAAUAAGAAACAAAAAUAAACCAAUAGCGAUUUAUAAUAGUCAAGACAAUUAUUUAGCUAAUAAAACUAUAGCUUUUCAAAACAUUAUCAAUUUGGCUGAUGAAAAAUUACCCAAAAAUGAUAAUGUCAACGAAUGGGAGAAAAUAAAGCAAGAUUUAAUCGAUUGGAAAGAAGAUAAAAAUAAGGAACCUCUUAAAAUAGCCGAAAAUUUUGUUAGACAUUUUAAAGAGAAAGUGUUGGAUAAAUUGGAUUAUGAUGGCAGGAAGCAGUUUAAUAAAUCUAUGGAGGUUUUAUUGUCACAUUUUUAA